AUGGAGAACCCCACGUCGGAACCCGUCAAUCAGCCAGCCAAGGACCUCGAGAUGUCCGACGUAAAACCAGAGGAGGUCGCCGUCCCGACGACGGCCACCAAUGGCGACGGCGCAGCCCCAGCGCCAGCCCCAGCACCGAACCCUAUGACGACGACAACAGGAACAAGUAGUAGCGGUGUUAACCAAACGGAUGUCCCUGAAGCCUCCGAGGAACAGGACGGCGAAGAAGCCGAUGUCGAAUCGUCCACCGCCGGCCCCGGCUCCGCUGCCGCCGAGGGUGAACCCAAACUCUCCAAGAACCAGCUCCGCAAGAUGAAGCGCAAGGCGGCGUGGGAGGACGGCCGCGAGGACCGCAAGCGCAAGCGCAAGGAAAAGCGCCACGACCGCCAGGCCGCCCGGCGCGAGGAGAUCGCCGCGGCCCUCGCCGAGGCCGAGGCCAAGGGAAUCGACCCGGCCUCCGUUGUCAUCCCCCCGAAGCGCAAGACUCCCAAGCAGCCCUCGACCCAGGUUCCCGUCACCCUGAUCCUUGACUGCGACUUUGAAAAGUACAUGCUCGAGAAGGAGCUCGUCUCGCUCGCGAGCCAGAUCACCCGCUCCUACUCGGAUAACCGCGCCGCAAGAUACCGUGCGCAUCUGUACGUCAGCUCGUACGGCGGCCAGUUGAAGGAACGCUUCGAGACGACGCUAGGAAGCCAGCACGUGCACUGGAAGGGCGUGAAGCUUAUCGAGGGGGAUUUUGUCGAGGCGUCCAAAGAUGCGGAUGAGCUGAUGAAGGGACCCCGCGGUGGGCAGGUCAUUAACCUGCUAAAGCCCACCGAGGAGGACGGCGCAGCCAAGAAGCUCGCGGUCUUCAAGGACGUCCUCGACGCGGCGCCCAGCCCAGAUCCCGAACCCGAACCCGCUGACGAGCUUAAGAAUAUUGUUUACCUCUCCUCCGACUCGGUCAACACUCUUGACCGUCUCGAGCCCAACAUGAGCUACGUCAUUGGUGGUCUCGUUGACCGCAACCGUGAAAAAGGGUUGUGUCAUCGCCGUGCGAGAGAGAUGGGCAUCAGGACGGCGAAGCUACCCAUUGGGGAAUACAUGAAUCUGUCAAGCCGGAGGGUGCUCGCAACAAACCACGUAGUCGAGAUCAUGCUCAAGUGGCUCGAGACGGGCAGCUGGGCUGAGGCAUUCCUAAGCGUGAUUCCCAAACGCAAGGAGGCGAAGCUGAAAGAGGAGGGCGGUGCCGGCAGCGCCAGCGGAACUCCCGCUGCAGAAGGGGCCGAUGGCGAGAUCGAGGAUAGCAGGUUCGACGAUGAGGAGGACGAGGACGUGGACGAGAGACAGACCAUCACGGAAAACGUGGCAGGACCUGAGUCAUCAGCUGCGCCUCAAGAAAGUGCAAAGGAGGCUGCGAGUGCUUCAUAG